UCUCGCACAUGUGAUUCAUUUGAUUUUUUUUUACGAAACCAAUGUUAAUUUGUAACUUUUAUUUAACCAAUUAGGUCUGAUAAUGGAAUGCCCAGAUGUACAGGUCAACGAUAACGAAUCGGACAUUGAUAAAAUAGUCGCAGAUAUCAAUAAUGGACAAAGUGAGAUUACUGCAAUGAUAACUCCAUUCAAGGAUCUUUUGAUCAGUAAAGAUGCUGAAAAACGUGCUCAUGGAAUGAACACUUUAUCAAUGAUUUUGAAAUCGGUUGAUCCGAAAAUUUGUAGUCAAAAUCAAGUCAGCUGUCUGAUCGAAUACUUCAUAGCAAGGUUUAGCGAUAAGAGUUACGUGAUCGAACGAUCAAUCACCGGAUUAGAUGCUCUGUGUCAUUUUCAACAUUUUACUUUCCAAAUGGCUUCUUCAAUAUUUUUUGCCAUUCAAAAUGAUUUACCGAUUCAAAUGCUGAAACCUGAAUGUAAAUCAGUGAUUUACGAGUUGAUCACUUACUUAUGGCAACGUUUCCAAGACGAUUUUAUUGGUUUGGGAGCCAAUUUCGUAUACGGUUUUUUACAUAUUGUUGACACAGAAACCAGUCCAACAUGUUUAAUGAUUAUAUUUCCAAUGUUUGGUCAGAUUGCCGCUGUUUCAAGUUUCGGUAAAAAAAAACUUGUCCCUUUUUAUUGUGAUAAUUUUUAUUUUCUCUGAUAUGCAGAGAUGUUCUUGGAGGAUAUAUUCGAUUCGAUGGCUUGCUAUUUCCCGAUUAUAUACAACAAACACAAAAAGGAUAAAUAUCUGGAAACCAAAGUCAAAUUGAGUCAUCUUUUAAACGAAGCAAUGACAGCCAACCAAAAGUGCUGCCAGUAUGUGAUGCCAUUGGCCCUUGAAAAAUUGGAAUCCGAAUCUAUUGAAUCGAAGUUGUCAUCCUAUCGACUGUUACAAAUGGCUUUGCCCAUCUAUACAGGUCAUGAUGUAGCGAAACAUAUGGCUGAACUUUGGAUAUCUAUUCGAAUCGAUACGCUUAAACCGGAAAUUCAGGACGACGAAUUGGCGAAAAAUGCAUUGGCUACAUUGUCCAAAUUGGCCGAUGUGAUUGCACAAGAUUCCGAAUGUCAGAAAACAUUGAUGAGCAAAAUAUGGGCAGAUCUUGAGAUAUCUUUCAAAACACCCGAAUUGCAGCUUGCCUGCUCAUCAGCACGCAUAUUGAUUUCCUUCUCAGGUAAUCACAUUCCUAUCUUUACGGAAUACUUUGAACAAGUAGCACCAAUAUCUAUAAAAAGCUUCAUAUUCACCACCAAUCCAAAUGGCCAGCAACACAGUCUUAGUUCUUUUUUAUUAAUGAUGGAACAUGGUCAUCGUAUUGGAAUGAAUAUUCCCACCAAAGAAGCCUGUGAUCGAAUGCAAUUGUUGAUUGAGAAUAGUCAAAACAAAUCGAACGAAUUACGGAAAUUGAUUAUACGCAUUCUAAAUGAAUACCUGAGUCUUUCUCAGUUUGAAAAAGAUCAUCUCCUGUUGAUUAUCAAUUUUUCAAUAAAUUGUGUUCGACAAUCUGGAUACGAUUCUGAGUUACAGAAUUCAUUUUUGUUAUUGGUAGAAAAUCUUGCUCAAAAAUAUGUAGAACUAAUCUACGAACUAUAUGUUGGUAAUAUUAUGCAAGAAAUUGAGUGCUCAACAUUGGCUGAUGAAAAACAAAUGCUUUUCCUGUUGAAUACAUUACGAAGUUCGUGCCAAUCAUCAUCCACUAUUAUGUCAAUUGUCAACUUUCUUAUGGAUCGUUUGGUUCUUCUUACGCUGAAUAGUGCUGAUCAUCUCGUUUAUAUCACUAAUAUGAUCGAUACUUUUCGGAUAUGUUUUAGCCGUUUAUCCACUCAACAAGAUUUAUCAUCGAUUGAUGAUUUUUACAAAGUUUGCAUAUCUCGAUUCUUAAGGCUUUUGAUUCGAACUUAUUUCAUUGAAUCAAAUACUUUAUCUUGCACAAACGAUGUGAUAAGACAAUUUGCUCUACUUUUCCACUAUUUUUUAUCAAAUUGUUCAUUGAAAGAUAUAUGGCAACAAGUCACCGACAAAGUAUGGACAGCUUUUUAUACGAAAGAUUUUUGUCAAUUGUAUGAACCCGAUCGAAUACAGUCCAUAAACGUGAAUAUUUCGAACGCUACUCAGGUUGAAUUUUUGCUACAUUUGGUAUAUUCCUGCCUCAAAACUUGCGAUAACAAAUCUUUGGACGAAAAUUAUUUGAUCAAAUUAUUCGAUCAGAUUGUUUCAUACGAUCUGACUGUUUACAAUGAAGAGAUUAUUCAACUGAUUAGUAUGUGUCUAGCUGAAAUCGUAGCCAAAUUGGCAGAUUCAAAUUUGCUUUCCGAUUUACUUGCAAAACAUUUGGAAAUGUUUGAAUCAUCACAGAACCAGAGUGAACAAAAAUUUAUAUCAAAUCUACAUUCAAUAAUAUGGAUAUCAAAGAGUUUAUUUCGAAUGGAAAAAAAUGAACACUUGCAACGUUAUGUUGAAAAAAUACUCAAUUCGCUCAAUCAAGCGACCAGUUCAACUCGUACCGCUAUAAGAGGAUUAGCCGAUAUCCUCUAUUCACAAAAUGAUUACUGGCAAUCUAGAUACAUCAACGACACUAUGGUUGGAAGCGAUCAAUUCUCCACGGAACUACAUGAAAUUUUUUGUAAUCAUUAUGAAAAAACCAAUGAUGAAACCGUACUUUAUAUUGUUUUGUCACAUCUAAAAUAUAUGCCUUUGCCAACUGAUAAAUAUGUUCCAUACAUUGUCAAAGGUUUGCGAAUUGCCGAUUCACCAACGAUUAAUUUGCUUUGCCUCAAUUUUCUAUCGAAACACAUUCUUACCGAUCAUCCGGAUUGGAUCGAGUCACAAUUAUUGACUGUAUUCGGAUUAAUCAUUGAUUUAGCAAAGAAAUCGCCUUCGUUGCAUGUUCGUAGAACAGCAUUGAAUAACAUUGCCACCAUGAUCGAUUUGUUUGGUGAAAAAUAUUUGGUCGGUUUACGUACACAAUAUGUUCAAAGUUUACGAUCAACAUUAGGUGAUCAUAAACGAAUUGUACGAUCUAGUGCAGUACGGUCAUUUUUCAAAAUGUCCAUAUUGGGCCAGCCAGGUAAUAGGGCACACUGAACAAAUUACACAAAAAUAUUAAUACAAAAAUUGUUUAAUAAACUUUUUUUUUUGUUUUGUUUAUAAUGAA